AUGGGCUUCCCCUGGAGUCACAAACAGUCACUUCUCCUGGUGCAGGGUCCUCCACAGCUGCAGGUCUACAUCUGCCUUGCUGUGGUCCUUCACGGGCUGCUCCACCACGCUCCUCCAUGGGCUGUGGGAGAUAGCCUGCAGCCUCACCACGAGCUGCAGGUGAACCUCUGCUCCUGCACACCUCCCCCCUGUGAGGAGGAAGGAGCAUCCCCUUUGAAGAGGAAAGCAAUGGAAUGGAGGGCAGACUUUGUUGGGAAUGGAACAGUUUUUCUGGAGGGCACCUUUAAAGUCCCGCUUACCUCGGACCCGCUACUGCCCUACAAAGUGUUAAGCGUGCCUGACAGCACACCUUUCACAGCUGUCUUGAAGUUUGCUGCAGAAGAAUUCAAAGUUCCUGCAGCAACAAGUGCCAUUAUAACAAAUGAUGGCAUAGGAAUAAAUCCUGCACAGACAGCAGGAAAUGUGUUUCUAAAGCAUGGUUCAGAUCUACGGAUUAUUCCCAGAGACCGAGUUGGGAGUUCUUAACAUCUACUGAAUGUUCUAGAAUAAGUGACGUUGCCUUGCAGCGAAAGUCUAUUUAUUUUGGAAUUCCAAAAUGCAACUAAUAAAUUGGCCUUUUUAAAGCUAGGAGAAAUUACUUCCCAGGCUUUGAUUUUUUUUGAAACAAAGAUAAGUUUUCAAUUUCUUCUUAAAAUAGAUUAAAUCAUGCACUGAUUCUUCCCAGACUAGUAGAAAAAUGGGCCGAUUGCAUUUUUGUGUUCUGGAAAUGAAUCCUGAUGGAUUUCUCUAUAGGUGUUACGGACGCCACAAGGCUAAACACAGAGCCAUGAUCAAUAGAUAUUUAAAAUAUUGGAUAUUGUAGAGCCUACUUUGUGGAAGGGGGCACUGUGUUAUGAUUUUGCUACAAAGACAUUGUCCCUACUGAGUG